AUGGAGGGCCUAUUCUUUAAUGUUAACGGCGGAUACGUCGAGGGCAUUGUCCGUGGAUAUCGGAAUAGCCUGUUGAGCGGCCAGAACUAUUCUAACUUAGCCCAAUGCGAGACAAUCGAUGAUGUCAAGCUCCAGCUCGCUCCCGCAUAUGGCGAUUUCCUUGCCUCUCUACCCCCGAACCCCUCCACCUCCGACCUCGCGGGUCGGAUGACCGACAAACUAGUCUCUGAGUUCCGGUAUCUGAUCGCACAAGCGACGGGCUCAUCGGCCAAGUUCCUAGAAUACAUGACAUACGGCUACAUGAUCGACAACAUCGCCCUCCUGAUCACCGGUACUCUGCACGAACGUGACACCCGGGAACUCCUGGAACGAUGCCACCCACUAGGAUGGUUCGAGACCCUGCCUGUGCUAUGUGUCGCAACCAAUAUCGAAGAACUCUACAACUCGGUCCUGAUCGAGACCCCACUCGCCGCCUACUUCAAGGAUAGUCUGAGCCACCAGGAUCUGGACGAGCUGAACAUCGAAAUCGUCCGCAACACUCUGUACAAGAACUACUUGGAGGACUUCUACAACUUCAUCAAUACCCACCCGGACUUCAGCGGCACACCGACGCAGGAUAUUAUGGCUGAGAUUCUGCAGUUCGAGGCAGACCGCCGCUCUAUCAACAUCACUCUCAACUCCUUCGGCACCGAGCUGUCCAAGCUCGAGCGGAGGAAACUCUACCCGGAGUUCGGAAAGCUCUAUCCGGAGGGCAGUCUGAUGUUGUCCCGCGCCGAGGAUGUCGAGGGUGUCGCUCUGGCUGUCAGCGCUGUGGCCGAUUACAAGGCAUUCUUCGAUUCCGUGGGUCUGAGCCAAGGCGGCGGUAUGGGUGGUAUGGGCGGCGGCCCUGCAGAUGGCAAGAGUCUAGAGGACCUUUUCUACCAAAAGGAGAUGGAUAUGUCAAAGCUGGUCUUCACCCGUCAAUUCACUCCGGCCGUAGUCUACGCUUGGAUGAAGCUAAAGGAACAGGAAAUCCGAAACGUAACCUGGAUCUCGGAGUGCAUUGCUCAGAACCAGAAGGAGAGAAUUGGAAACUUCAUCUCCGUGUUUUAA